AUGGGUAAUUUCAAAGGUCUGUGUAAGCAAAUCGAUCACUUCCUCGAGGACACAGAAUAUGAAGCUGACACAGCAGAAUAUUUCCUCCCCAGCGAGUUCUACAAAACCCGGCAUAACAUCAUCCUUAGUGCCGGCAUCUUCUUCGUGUCUGCAGCCGACACCUACCAAGACAUUGCCCAGUUUCUUCUCUCCUGCCCUUUGUCCACAGGUUUGAGUAAUAUAAUUGGCAUCAUUGUGUACAUAUCAGCCAAUGCUGGAGACCCCUCAAAAAGCGACUCCAAGAAGAACAGUUACUCUUAUGGCUGGUCCUUCUACUUUGGGGCCCUGUCCUUCAUUAUAGCCGAGAUGGUGGGAGUGCUGGCCGUACACAUGUUUAUUGACCGGCACAAACAGCUGCGUGCCAGCGCCCACGCCACGGACUACCUCCAGUCCUCUGCCAUCACCCGCAUACCCAGCUAUCGCUACCGCUAUCAGAGACGCAGUCGCUCCAGUUCCCGUUCCACUGAGCCUUCACACUCCAGGGAUGCCUCUCCCGUCGGGAUCAAAGGGUUCAACACCCUCCCAUCAACGGAGAUCUCGAUGUAUACCCUGACCAGGGACCCCCUGAAGGCUGCCACCACUCCCACCGCCACCUACAAUUCAGACAGGGAUAACAGCUUCCUCCAGGUCCACAACUGUAUCCAGAAAGAAAACAAGGACUCCAUCCACACUAACACAGCCAACCGCCGGACCACCCCCGUAUGA